AUGGCUCAGCAUCGUUGCAAGAUCAUAAUAUGCACAGCGUGCAAACGCAGUCAUCAAGAAUGGUUCAAGAUAUCGACCGACCAAGCUGCUCUAGUAUUGAGUAAUUGGUCAGACUUGACGAAAAGAGAAUCGCUAUAUGACUCGAACAGGACACUGACAGUGCGGUGGCGCCAGAGGAUUGAGAGCUUCGACGGCGACAUCACCGCAAGAGCGCUACUCGAUGUACUUGACGCCGAGGCAGUAUCAAAACAAGAGGAAGAGACUGUCGCUACCGUGCAGAUGAACCUGAAUCAGGGUGACUCCGAAUGUGUCACUGCCCCGAUCGCCCUUGACCUCGCUCAACAAGACAAGAUGUUGACAUUUUUUCAUGAUUUCAUGAGUUUACUGGCAAUCAAUGAGGAUGUGGAUGCUGUUCCAUCUCAUCUGGAAGCACCAAAUCGAGAGGUUCUUCCAUCACCAUCGACCGCAGUAGACCUUGAAAUUCCAGCUAUCAUCGCUACUGUCGGCUACUACGCCAAGUGGUCGAACCUGGUGCUGUAA